AUGUCUGACCCAUCAGCCCGAAUUACUUCCCAUAUGAACAAGCUGCACCAAUUGGCUGUGAUCGACUAUUUAGUUGUUUAUGGCCAGGUCCCACUUGGUGCCUUUGACAGAGAGUCGGUGAUCUUAUCUGAGAUUAACACCAAAUGGUUCACCAUUGAAUAUAAAGAUAAAUCCUUAAAGAAGAAAACCAUUAAGAUUAACUGGUCAGAUGCAAAGGAGGAUGAAGAUAUAGUCGUUUCAGAGUAUGCAAAUAUCAAGGGGAAACUUGUUUCAAUGGCAAAAUAUGCCGCUGCUAAACAAGGGUAUUCACACCAACAAAUUACUAAAGUUCUUGGUCCAGAUUCGAAGUCAAUUUUGUUGUAUUUCUUCUCUGCCGCAUUAGUAUACUCAUCUUAUGACUUGGCUGGUUUCAAGUCAUUAUUUGUAAAUGAUAGAGUGUUUUCCAUUGUAUCACAGUACUUCCCUAGUUUUGUAUGGUCUAUUUUGAACUUUACUGGGAAGAAUCUGAAGUAUAUUUUGGGUGGUCUCGUUUCUAUCCAUCUUAUCGAAAUUAUUAGCUUUACUAUUCCACAGACCAGAAAGUAUAGAGUGCCAUUAGCUUCUAGACUUUCAUGGAUAUUUAUGCAUAUCUUUGAAGGGUUUUUCGUUAUUCUUAGAUUCAAAUCUUUAAUUGAAAAAUAG